AUGUCAUAUGAUAAUAUCCUGGAUUUUAAAUUCAUUCGGACGAGUCAAGGUAGUCUGCUGAUGGUUAAUGGUUAUACGUUUUCAAAGAACAACCGUUCAAAUAAUUACUACUGUUCUAAGAAAGACCAGGGUUGCAAGGCUCGUCUGAAGAUGGGGAGUAACGGUGUGAUAAUCAAUCAAGACGUGAACCACCUACAUCCACCUCCGAAAUAUGUUCGGACUUCAACUGAUACUUUCAAAUUCAUAACUACCCACAACGCUACGCUGUUGAUGUUAAACAAAUACACGUACGCGAAGCAUUGCAAGUCGGAUAACUAUUACUGUUCCAAAAUAAAGAAAGGCUGUUCUGCUAGACUAAAGAUAGUUCAAGGGGAGAUGGUGGUUAGGAAGGAUGUCCACAACCACCCGCCUCCAGUAUUCUAUUGUUCUUCUGAAGGCAUUUAUACCAAAAACUUCUACUGCUCCAAGAAAGAUGCUGGAUGUAAAGCGAGGGUCAAGCUUUUGGAAGACGGAAAUGUAUCCUCUCAGUCUAUCACAAAUCAUGCCCACCCUCCACCAAAGUACAUGAUAACAUCUUCUGGACAUUACGUCAAAAUUUAUGAAUUCAAUUUCAUUACGAUAGUUGGCAACAAACGUCUUCUGAUGGUCCAGGGUUAUACAUUUGCUAAAACUAAUAAACGACAUUGGUACUGCUCCAAGAAAGCGAAAGGCUGCAAAGCCAGGGUUUUUCUCAACUCAGACGAAACAGAGCUUGAGUUCUAUGCAAUCGAAUUUAUUCCUAGCAAUCGCAGUAACGGCCGUCUUCUAGUGCAUAGAGACUACACAUACGUGUCUAUGAACACUAAGACUCGUUGGUAUUGUUCUAAGAAAAAGAUGGGAUGUAAGACAAAGUUGGUGAUAACGCCAGAGGGGCAAUUCCUCGAACUAUUGGGCCAGCACGAUCACCCACCACCAUUACUGUAUCGAACCAAGGAUGGACAAGUUAUCAAAGUUAAUUCAAAGUUCUGUUUAAAUUUUGAAAUAUUGAAUGAUGAUGCCGAUUUCCUUCGAUACUACAGACGGUACAGAGCUCAGAAUCCCCAGAAGUUCCAAGUGAAGAGAGAAGAAGAAGAGGAUACAUCGGAUCCUAUUGGACGCGUCACUGAUAUUCUUAGCUCUUUAAUACCGAGCAAAAAUAAACAGUAA